AUCUGAGGAAAAUGGCAGAAGGAGGUGUAAAGACUGUACUGUGUCGGUAUUUCAUGAAUGGCGUAUGUCGGGAGGGUGAUCGGUGCCACUUUUCCCACAACAGAGACUCCUCCCGGCCCUCCAUGAUAUGCCGCUACUACCUGAAGGGAAACUGCUACUACGGCCGCAGCUGCAGGUAUGACCACACAUGGCCGGGUCACCAGAGCGGGUCGGAGUAUAGCCAGACAGAAGGUCCCCCCACACACCUUGGCGAGUCGUCCCAGCAGGGUCCAGCAUGCACCAACACGUCCCGGCACAAAGACACUCUCUCUCUGUCUGCACCACAUGUACAGUCUAGUCAGCCAAGCCUUCUGUCACAGAGCAAACCAAACAAGGACUUCACCAGCACCACCUCCCAAAGCAGUCAUGUCACCAGCAACACCAGCAGCAGUAGUAGUCUCAGGAAGAAGGGCAGCAGCGGCAGCCCCAGCAACAGCAACAGUGUGUCCUGCAUGGUGAGCCAAGGCCGCCAGCCAUCCCACUCUCUCCUGCAGGACAGCCGGGUGCCCUCCUGGGUGGACGCUCCUGAAUUUGUACCUAAGCUUGCCAAAGAAGAUAUUUUAAACUGCCAGCCUGACGUCAGCACCUCCCUGGCCCCGACAGACUACGUCUCCUAUGCCCAGGUGGUCGGGGCCGGCAACAAGGAGACGCCCUCUACCACCUCCUGUGGCUCAGAUGGGGAGUUGUGUCCCACCUACCUGAUGUCUGGCAAGUGUCAGCUGGGGGAGCAGUGUUCCUACAUCCAUGGCCUGAUGUGUGAGGUGUGCCAGCUGGCCUGCCUCCACCCCUUCGAUGAGGAACAGAGGAGGAUACACAAGGAGGAGUGCACCAAACUGAUGGAGGCGGAGAUGGAGCACUCAUUUGCCGUGGCUCGCUCCAAGGACAAGGUGUGUGGCAUCUGUAUGGACACAGUGAUGGAGAGACCCCUGGCAUCACAGAGGAGGUUUGGUAUCCUGCCCAACUGUGCCCACUGCUUCUGCCUUAACUGUAUACGCAAGUGGCGGCAGUCAAAACAGUUCGAGAACAAGAUUAUACGGUCUUGUCCCGAGUGCCGAACACAGAGUGACUUUGUCAUCCCCUCACGCUACUGGGUGGACGACAAGGACAAGGAGGAGAAGGACAAGCUCUUGCUCAGCUACCAGCAGGCCCUCAGUGACAAGCCAUGCAAGUAUUUCAAGCAGGGUGAGGGCCAGUGUCCCUUUGGCAACAAGUGCUUCUACCUUCAUGCACUUCCUGACGGCACCAAGAAGGAUGUGGGGCCGCCCAGGCGCCGGCGUCGCUUCAACGCCGAUGGGGAGCUGCAGCAGCACCUCGAUAACAUGGCACUGUGGGACUUUGUGCUGGAGCGAGAGCAUCGCCUGGAGCUGCUGCGAGGCUCCAUUCAGACCCUGCUGCUGGAGCUGGAGCUGGAGGACCUGGCAGAUGAGUUCUACUUUGCCGACGACUCUGUGUCUGAAGCAUCUGACCUGUAGUCCUCAUGCCGGAGGAAGGGCGACAGAGAAGAGAGUCGCCGUGGGGAGCAGUGUGCCAGAGGAAAAGUGUGGAGUCUUCUUGUUGAUCUCUGAUUUUUCAGUAUAAAAUCCCCUCCUGGUGAGUUUUUGUGCUGUAUUUUAUUUUUGUUCUUUAAUUUAUAUUUUUCCUCCAUCUUGUGUACCUACCAGAGACAUGGGGAUAAGUACAGGCAGGCAGGCAGGAGUACAGUGAAGUGGAGGCUAGGAUUGGGUUGGCCUCAUUGCCUGUGUGUCGGAGUGAUGAUUCUGCCUGUGCUGGAGCGUUUCUUGAAGUGUUUGUGUUUCAUUAACAAGCCAACACUCGCAUCUGAGUAACGUUAUGUGUUGUUAUUUCAGUUCUCCAACUUUUACUCCGUUAGUUGUGUCCUUUCCACUGAUUUUUGUGUAUUGCUUUCCUUCAUGAUAUUGUCUCAUGUUGGAGCAAUACUCAGAGGGGAAGAGUUCACUCCAGUGAGGAGGAGGAGGAGGAGAAGGAGGAGUAGGAGGAGGAGUAGGAGUGUUUGUGCUUGCAUGGCAGGGUGAGGGGCAGCCCACCUUGCCACCUCCCCUCAAUGAUGCUGGGGUGUUGCACAUAGCCCCCAGUGUGCACACACACACACACACACACACACACACACACACACACACACACACACACACACACACACACACACACACACACACACACA